ACCUGACAGGCCGACUCUACACGUCCGAGACGGAUGCGAGGUUUCCAGUUAUGCCAGCCUCCACUUACACCGUGUUUGUUCGACGUCUUGACGCAUCCGGGGGUUCCGUGGCCACCAGCGAAGUGCUCUUCUUGGACACGUCCACAUCGGAAACGGAAGCAAGGCAGCUGCACAGCUCAACAGGGCGAUGUGUUCGAGUGGAGAUGAUGGCUGCUUGCUUGUCCGCAGCGUCAGUUCUAGCAGUCCUUUGCGUGGCGUCUACCAUCUGUAGAAGGAGACGGCGCUCCCGGUCACAAACAGCAUUGAAAAAAAUGGCAACGUCAGCGAACCUUAAAGACUACAAGUUUGCACCUGGCUACCUUCCAGAAAAGUGCGGUCAUCUCCAGUGUGGUCACCCGAGCAGCUGCCGGCUUGCUUGCGGUUACAACGAAAGAGUCCCUGGCCUCCAGGUUGCGCUCAAAGAAGCCAGUAGCCCCGACGACGGAACUUACUUUGUGUUCGACUUGCGCUCAUCGUGAGCAUUGUGUACAAACAGAAUUCGUCUGGCUUUGCUUGGUUAUAUGGCCUGAAAUGUAGAGCCCCAACAAGCAGUGGCAAAAAGCAGGAGUAAUUGCCUGGUAUUUUUCUUCAUCCCGGUUUUUGGUCGUAAAAAACUUUAACCACGUUUAUUGUGAAAAAAAAACAGGCCUUGAAGUAACGUUCUCAAUUUCUGAAAAAAGAUUAAUUACAGCAUGCGCCAAUUUACCUGAAGUACUUUCGACUGAAAUUAUUCUGCAAAACUAUUUUACACAAACCGCAUUGUGGUGUAAUUUCAGGUUUGCAUAAUGGGGAACAGAACUACAUUCUUCUUUAGAUUUUGUUUUUACAGUUGCUGUAGAGCUGGAACGCAAAUCACGACGAUAGGCUAGUUUGUGCAUGACUGUGGAUGCUAGUUCCGCAUAGGUUAGCGCAGGAAAAAAGAAACAGGCAGAAAAAGCGCCUCUUCCUGUCCUAUUCUUUUUUCCUGUCCUAGCCUUUUGCCCCACUAACAACAGCCGAUGGCUGAAAACGUUAAGCUCAGAAUAUUUGUAGUAUUGCAUGAGAAGGGUUCUUGUCUGUGUCAGUAUAUAUUUCAUGCUUGAGCGUUCGAAUUUAGAACUACAUUAUUUAUGACAUGCCUUCAGAAAUAUUGUCAUAAUGAGAAGUUACAUAUGGUUUCUGUAACCCCAAAACAAUUAUCGCCCAUAGAGCCCAGUUGGGCGCUUCACAAUUGCUCAAUAUUGCGAUCAGACAGACCACAGUGCGUGUUUUCCAACAUGUUCUUAUGCUUUUCUUCCUACGGCGUGUGGAAUUAUAGUAGUUCGUUUUGACACGGGAACAGGGCACACAACUCUUCGUAUGACUCCCUAUAUUCCUCAGCA